CAUGGGAGUUGCAUAUAAUCCUAAGAUACUCGGUAGUCUAAAGGAACCAAAGCAGCAACACAAACGCAUCGAUUUAAAUGUUUUUAUCCUUGGGUUGGAUUCCGUGUCCCGAAUGACAUCCAUAAGAAAACUUCCUAAAUCUAGAGAUUAUUUUUUGAACAUUUUAAAAGGGAUAGAAUUAGAGAACUAUAAUAUUGUUGGAGACGCUACUCUUACCGUACUUGCACCCAUGUUAACGGGGCUUUUAUUGGGAGAGCUAGGGGAGGUAAGAAAGGGUUUCAAGGGAGCAACAACAUUUGACGAAAAGCCUUUAAUAUGGAAAGACUUUAAACAAGCAGGUUAUGUUACUCUUUGGGCUGAUGAUGUCCCUGGACUCGGUUGUUUUCAGUAUAAGUUUACGGGAUUUCAGAGUCCACCUACAGAUCACUACCUAAGACCUUUUUAUGUCGCAGCGGAUUUUGAAUUGGAAUAUGGAAUAAUGCCGUUGUUAAGGUCAUAUUUACAUUCCUUCCUAAGUUUGUUUAUGAAGAACCCACCCAUCAAUCGACCAUAUUGUUAUGGUUCUAAACCUAAACAUAUUUAUUUUUUGGAAUAUCUUAAAGAUAUGUUCAAAGUGUACGAAUCCAAGAGAAAGUUUAUGUUUGGUUUCCAUAGUGAAAUCAGUCAUGACAAUAACAAUAAUAUCGAAUAUAUGGAUGAAGAUAUUGUUGAGCUAUUGAAAUAUUUAGAAAGCAGUGGACAUCUCAAUGAAACUUUGUUAAUAUUUAUGAGUGACCAUGGAGCCAGGUUCGAAAACUUUCGGUCAACAGUUCAGGGUAAACAGGAGGAAAGAAUGCCCUUUUUUUCCUUCAGAUUUCCGCCAUGGUUUGAACGUGUGUAUCCCGAAGUUAUUAGGAAUUUCAAAAUCAAUGCACAUCGAUUAACUACCCCUUUGGAUAUAUAUGAAACUCUCAAAGAAAUCCUUAAUUUUACUGGAACAGGAAUGGGAAACAUUUCAAAGCGGGGAAUUAGUUUAUUCAAAGAAAUUCCCAAAGAACGUACAUGUCUGCAUGCAGGGUUAAGCACACAUUGGUGUGCAUGUUUAGACUGGCAACCCGUGGAACAGUCACAUCUUCUAAUACGGGUGAUAUAUUCGGUGAUUUCAAAAUUAAAUGAAUUAACUUCAGAAAUGCGCAAUAAAUGUGCUUUACUAAAAUCAUGA